UCAGUUCAGGACGGCUGAACAGUUUUUGUUCUCUAAAGUUUUGUUGAAAUGAGUUAUAAUUAGACGGCCUGCAGUUAAAUCCUAGAGCCUGCUCAGGAUGAAGGCAUUCAUCUGUUGUUUGGUUUCUUUGUUUUUUUAACACUGAACAGGCUUUAACUUACAGAGAAUGUACCUUUAACCCCUUCAGAAAAACAUUUCUGCAUGCUGGUUUGACCCACUUCAUUUAUACAGUUAAGUGACCUUUACAUCCUUUUUCACCAAAUCCAACUUUGUUUAAAUCUUGUUUUAGAGGCUCCAAAAGCAUCAAGUGAAACAAAGUGGACGAUUUUGGGGGAGUGACGACAGCAUGCUUCAGCAAAUAUCCUCAAAUGAAUGUACAAGCAUGUUGUUAUUCUGUCUUCCAUGGUGGAGAUUUCUUUUCAUCCACAGGGAGAUAAACUCUCAAGACAAAGUACACACAGAGAAACUGUUCAGACUUGAAUUUAGCAGCAGAGCUCAGAUCAGUCGAGGACAGGAGUCAAACAAUCACGCUCAGGCCCGAUCCAGUUAGCAGUGAGGCGACGGAUGCAGGAGCAGGAAAAUCCCUGCCUGGAGGCGAGUUUGAUCUGGACUGGUGUUGUGUGUCAGCAGGAUCACCUCCAGAUGAAAGAAUGAUGGAGACUGAGGCUGAGAGCGAGCGUCCUCAGGGGUGCCCUGGAGUCCAGGAGCAGAAGAAUGGAAACCAGACGGAUGUGGAAUCUUCACUGGAGGAGAUGAAGCAGAGAGACCGGGAGGAGCGGGAGGAGCUCUGGAUGUGGAAGAAACCAGUUCUUACUCUGCGUUACUUCUUCUUGGAGCUGCUGGUCAUCCUGAGAGGGUGGAUGGGGAGGCUCUGGCAGCACAGACAGACGGCACUCGGCUUGCUGAUCCUUCUCAUCCUCCUCUUCAUUGCCUACUGUAUUGACGGAGCCCACCAGAAGUAUGUGCGCUACGUUGAGAAGAAGACUCUGUGGUGCGCGUACUGGGCUGGCCUGGGCAUCCUGUCCUCCGUGGGUCUCGGCACCGGCUUGCACACCUUCCUGCUGUACCUG